AUGGUCCUUCAGGAGGAGAAGCUCCAGGCCCGUCUGGAAACCCUGAGGAAGGAACGUCAGGAUCUGCUGGAGUUCAAGGUCAACGACGACAGGAGGACCCAGGAGCUGCUGAAAACCAUCGAGACCGAGAGGCAGAAGCUCCUCCUGGAGUUCGAGAAGCUCCGUCAGUUCCUCCAUGACCAGGAGAACAUCCUGCUGGGGCAGCUGGAGAAGAUGGAGAAGAACAUCUCCAAGAGGCAGAACGAGAACAUCACCGACCUCUCCAGGGAGAUCACCCUCCUCAACAAGCUCAUCAAGGAGCUGGAGGAGAAGAUCCAGCAGCCCAUGCUGGAGUUCCUCAAGGACGUGGUGACCAUCAUCAGCAGGAGCGAUGACCUGACCUGCCCCAAACCCAUCCCCGUUUGCACCGACAUGAAAAUGCCCGUUUGCGAUUUUUCCCUCAAAACCGUCGUCCUGGAAAAAGUCCUGAAGAAAUUCCGAGAGGACCUGACCCUGGACCCCGACUCGCGGGACCGGCCCGACAACUCCAAGAGAUUCGACACGAACUCCAGGGUCUUGGCCAACGUCGGCUUCAAGUCGGGCAGGCACUACUGGGAGGUGGAGGUGGGGCCUUCAGAUGGUUGGGCCUUCGGGGUGGCCAAGGAGUCGGUCAGGAGGAAAGGCCUGACUCAGUUCUCCCCAGAAGAAGGCAUCUGGGCCCUGCAGCAGAAUGGGGGUCGUUAUUGGGCCGUCACCUCCCCCCAACGUACCCCCUUGGCCUUGGAGCAGAAGCUCAACAAGGUCAGGGUCUACCUGGAUUAUGAAGGAGAAGAAGUGUCCUUCUACGACGCCGACAACAUGCAGCACAUCUUCACCUUCAACGUGGCCUUCCAGGAGAAGGUUUUCCCCCUCUUUUCUGUCUGUUCCACCAUCACCUACAUCAAACUCUGCCCUUGA